AUGAGCGGCCCGGUCCCCCAAAUCCCCGGGAUCAAAUGCGAGCCCGCGCUCGCCGAGGAGUUCCGCAAGGAGGUCGCGGAGCUGCUGCAUCGACGACAGAGCUCGUUCCCCGGUGCGCAGCCCGUGAGUUUCGCGCGGCAUCACCUCGACGAGCUGCAGAAGCGAGACUAUUACCUGUGUGAGAAAACCGAUGGCAUUCGUUGCCUACUGUAUUGCACUGAGGACGAACGAGGGAACGAGAUCCAUUAUCUGAUCGAUCGGAAAAACGACUACUAUUUCCUACAAACCCUGCACUUCCCACACCAGGACGAUCCGGAAUUCCGGGAGUUUCACCGAGGGACUUUGAUUGACGGCGAGCUGGUGAACGAUACGCUCGAGAAUGGACGGAAGCAGCUCCGGUACCUUGUUUUCGACUGCAUCGUGCUAGAUGGCGAGCUGCUGUUGCAAAAGCCGCUGGACAAACGGAUCGGCCGAUUUGGCGAGUUCGUCUUCAAACCGUACCAGAAAUUCCUCAAACGCUACACCGACGCCCUGGGGACCAUGCCGUUCGAAGUCAAGUUCAAGACGAUGGAGAAACCGUACGGCAUCGAGAUGAUGUUUCGCGAUAAGCUACCGAACCUCCCGCACGGAAACGAUGGCCUGGUGUUCACCUGCAAAGAGACUCCGUACGUGAUGGGCACGGACGACCACAUCCUGAAAUGGAAACCCGCACACGAGAACUCGAUCGAUUUCCGGUUACGGCUCGGCGAGUUCCCACUGAUGAGCUCCAGCGACCCGAGGGAGGGACGGAUCCCCGACUACGAUGCAAAGCCUACAUUUGAGCUAUAUGUGUACCAUGGCGGGAAGGACUACCAGAGCUACGCACCUCUGUUCGUGACGGACGACGAUUGGGAGAGCAUGAAGCGAAUCGACGAGCCGAUCGACGGCCGGAUCAUCGAGUGCUACAAAGCCGAGCAGGGUCGGUGGCGAUUCAAGCGCGAGUCGGACGGAUCGCCGCGAUUCCGCGACGACAAGUCGGACGCGAACCAUAUCUCCACCGUGCACAAGGUGAUGCAGAGCAUCGACGACGCGGUCUCGGAGCAGGACUUGCUGCAGGUCGCAGGGGCGGUGUACAAGGCGUGGAAACAGCGGCAUCCGGAAGAGCUACGGCGGUAG